ACGAUGGCAACUGCAUUUACGAACACUGGCAGCUCCAAUUUAUCCUCAGACCUUGACACGACUUUAUUUUAUUGGGUUGCGGAGGGCAUUGUUUCUGCGGGCAAUUUUAUUGGUUGAUUGAAUAAAAGGCGGAUGAAAUUUUAAUGGGCAAUAUGCAUUCAAGCUUAUUUUUUUGUAUUUUAAAAGGAUGCUCUUUCAUUAAGAUCAUGCGCAUAGUUUGUAAUACAAAUUACACUCUUAAUAAAAUGUAAGUAGCUGGGAUAAUUUGUAUUCGCUGUCUUUGUUUGUAGCUGUAGCCUUGUAUACUUUUUAACGUCUACAGCAAUCAGUGUGAAAGAAUUUCGAGUGGCAAUGUGUUAAACAAUACUGGCAGGUUACAGGAGGUGGAGAAAGUGUAACGAAAUGAAAUUCGCAACAAGAGCAAGGAAACACAAAAAGGUAACACUCACACACACACACACAUACAUACUUGGCUACGGGAAAAAGUGAAAUUAGUCAUUUGUACCGAGCAGUUUUUAAGGAAACACAUGUGCGGUGUGGGCAAGGGGUGGCAAGGUGUAAAAAACAAAAAAGGAGAAAUAAGAAAGGAGGGCGCAAGUGGGCAGGGGCGUGGUCGGACACGGCUGUUGCACAUUCUCAUCGCAUGCAAUUUGCGCUGGAACUUUGCCCUCCUUUCGAGCAUUGUGUUUGCCAUUGAACACGCACACUGAAUGGCACUGCGAGUGUGUGGGUUACUAUGCCUGUAUGGGUGUGUGUGUGUGUGUGUGUGUGUGUAAAUCCAUUGUUCACAGACACACUCCCACACACAGACACCUCGAAUUGCUGUAAAUGGGCUCACGGGCAGCAUUGUUGCUGUAAUUGUUGCAAUUGAGCGUAGUUCAGAACAAAAGCCGCCCACACUACUCAUUUCACCCACUCACACACAUAUAUAUUUAUAUAUGUAUUUAUGUAUAUAUACACAUGCAUAUCGAGCUCACAAUGUGUCACGCAGGCCUUCACUAAUGUUUUUUCUUUGGUUUUUUUUUGCGAGCUUUUUUGUCCUAGCAAUUUGAGGCCAUUGAAAUGGGUCCAUUUGUAUGUGUGUGUGCCUGAUAAAUUAUGGAAUUGUUAUCCAUAAGUGUUGGAAAAUAGAUUUUCAUUGAAGUAGUAUAACGGUAUUUGUUUAGUCGUUAAGCACCAGAAACUGUUUGAAGGUGUAAAAAGUGUCGUAAAAGUGAUUGUUAUUCCAGAGGAUUUGCAACACUUUUGAUCCAAUACCAUUUUAAACCAUUUCUCGAACGCCUAACAACUAUCUUUCAUCUUUGACAUAUCGCUGGCAUUCACCAUGUUCCAUUUCGUCGGGGUGUCUUAACCUUGUGCCAGCAAGAAAAAUGUCAAUUUCCUCGAGAAAAUGCUUCUCUAGAUUUUUACAUUCAACUGCAACUUGGAAUUGUCGAUGUGGAGGGAAUUGGCAGAGGAUAACAUACAAGCAAAACAUAAUUUACACGCCAAUAUCAUGUCGUUUCACACUCGUGUGCCUGUGUGUGCGUGUGCUGUGUGCUGUGUGUGUUUGCCAUCUAGCUCGCCUGCAUAUAUACGAGUACAAAUACAAAUACCAACAUCAGGCACUCAAACACAUACUCCUGCCGCUCACACACACACACAUAAAAAUGAGGUCAAUAACAGGUAGAUUAUCAAAUAACUAUUACACAUUGCGUGUUGUACGAGACAUGAAACCGACAACGACGAAGGCGACAGCUUUACGGUUAAGGAUGUGGAUGCGGUUUUAGGCACUGAGAAUAAAUGUUGGUAAGUAGAAAAUGAAUGUUUUUGACUUCAAAGAAAGGUAUGCUGAAAAGUAUGUUUUAAAUAUGUUCCACACUGGGCUGAAUUAAUAAUAAUGCCAAGGACACAUUGCAUGCCUUAAGAAUAAGAAAAAAUGUCAAAUAAAAGAGAUUUCUUUUAGAAAUUUUACGAACCAUCAUUUAUUCCCGCACUGUAGCUGUGGUUUCUCGUAGAUCGUGAUGCUGCACUGAAAACAUAUUGCCUUCGUGCCGCACAUCCGUCCAAAGCUUGUGGCACACGCUAGAGUCUUCAUAAGUUGGCUUCGUUCGCUCAUCUCUUGUUUCAUCACCACAUCCCUCGCUCCUUCGUUUCCUCGUUCCCCAACUCCACCCCCUUUUGGCACCUUCACUGCUCCUCGAGCGCCGCCCACUUUUGCUUUCCUUGGCAUUUGGACAAGUGGCCCCGGCUCAUGUGGUUGGCAAUCAACGCCUAUACGGCUUGUCUUGCACCACCCACCACAAAAACCCUAAAAUCCCCAUACCCAUCCCCAUUCCAAUUCCAAUCCCCAUCAGCCAUGCGUGAAGGUCAAUUUAUCGCCUAAUGACGUUGAACAAUGACAAGGGAUUCCAGAUUCUGGAAACUGUGGAAACGUGGCGAACAUUUAGUUUGAUUUAUCUAGUUGGAAAAACGAACAUUAGGGCCAGACAAUCAAUAAAUUUCACCGUGGAUUUGAAAUUGCUGGCAUAAAUAUUCAUAGGCACCUGCCACGAUAACCUAUUAACAUCGUCAGAACCAACUGUCGGGAAAACGGCUAUUAAAAGCACGCCAAUUUGGCUAAAAACCAAUUUGUUCCGCUGGUCACACUUUUUUCCAUGAAACACGUGCGCGAUUUGGUAGAUUUGGUAGUAGAAACACACAGACAGGAUGCAGAACUACUUACUUGCACUGAACAAGGGGCGUCUUCAACAGCAAGCCCAGGUGGAAACGCCGGAUUCGGUGUACUGGGGCCGACUGGCGAAACCAGAACUACUCAAGGAGCACAACACCAUCGAUUAUUUGGACUUCAGUCCAAGCGAUCCUGACAACUUUGCUAUGACCUGUUCGGAGCGCGUUCAGAUCUACAAUCUGGUGACAAAGCUUUUGGUAAGGAACCUGUCCCGAUUCCAAAAGACCGCAUACGGAGGCACCUUCCGGCAGGAUGGUCAAUUCCUGGCCGCCGGCGACGAGGAAGGCCACGUCAAGCUAUUCGACAGCACUCGCAACAUCAUGCGUUUGUUCAAGGGGCACACGGCACCAGUACACCGCGCCUUCUUUACGGCGGACAAGCUGCAGCUAGCCAGUUUUGGAGACGACAAGUCGGUUCGUCUGCGGGACUUGGCGAACGGCAAGGUGGUGCAAACGUACGAGGACACGCACACCGACUACGUUCGUGCUGGCGCCAUGCAUCCGCAGGAGGGGCAUAUCUUCGUCUCCGGCGGCUACGAUGGCAAGAUCAAUCUGUACGAUACGAGAGCGCAAACGGCGGUGCAGCGCACCGUGGAUCACGGAGCGCCUGUGGAGUCCAUGUUGUUCCUUUCGAAGGGUUCCAUUUUCGUCAGCGCCGGCGGCAGCCAGGUGCGCUUAUGGGAUCUCGUCAACGGCUGCCGUCUGUUCACCAUGAUGUCGCAGCAUCACAAAACAGUAACUUGUCUGCGACUGGGAUCCGAUGGCAGGAGAUUGCUCUCUGGCGGGCUCGAUGGGCAGGUGAAAAUCUACGAUAUGAGCACCUACAGAACAGUGCACACGUUGACCUAUCCCAAUGCAGUGGUCAGCCUGGCUGUCGCUGACGGCGAUAAGGCAGUUGUGGCUGGGAUGGUCGAUGGCCAAGUCUCCAUUCGUCGCAUGAUGGCAGACAGCAAGCCCAGUGAUUUGGAAAAGAUUCGUGAGGAUCUCGCUCAAAAUUACUUCACGAGUAAGGAACGCACGAACAACACCCAAGAGGGUGAUCCCAUAAUCAAGGACCGCGUCCAGGAGCCCGAAUUGAUAUCCUACGAUGUGCACUUCCGCCCGUUUGACUGCAAGGAGGCUUUGGACGAGGUGAUGCAUGCGCAGAAGAUGGAAAACCACCCGGAGCUCGUUGUGGCUGUCAUCACGGACCUACUGCACCGUGGAUCACUGGAAAAAGCCCUCACGGGUCGUCGUGAGGCAGAGCUUGUCCGAUUCAUCGACUUCAUUUGCAACCACUUGGGCGAGAUGCGAUUCGUGCGCCCGCUGAUGAUGGCCGCCAGCAGGGUCUUGGAUGUCCUCGAGCAGCACUUGGGGGGCUACAGCGAGAAGCUGCUAGAAGCCUUGCAACGAUUGUCACUUGCCAUGUAGGAGGAGGUGAGGCUUACCGCCGACCUGAUGCGUUUGAAGGGAGCUCUGCAUAUAAUGAAUGCAUUCUAUAUCAAAUAGAGGUCAGCUAAUCGGAUCAAAUAUUUACACUCACUUGCACCUAAUGAAUAUUAACAAUUGCUGAACAAAUGCAUGUUUCAUUGGCCUUUGGGAAGCGUUUGUUUAUUGUCUUGGGGAUCAGUUCGAAUGCACAUGCAAAGGCAACUCCUGCAUUUGAGGCGAAAUCCCAUUUCGUGCCCUAAUCCCAAACAUGCGGCGCCGCCAUAACCAAGUUAGCAACAUCCUGGUUCCGGUUAUAGAAAUGCGGUUAAGCAUUCAGCUUCCUAGCCUCGUCUUCUACAUUGGCCAAAGGAAUUUGGCUUUUCAGUCUCCUGAGCUUGUGUGUGUGCUGCGCCACCACACCCCUUUUUCGCCGCAAAAUGUUGAAGUCCACCUGACGAUGUUGGAUGAUGAUGAAGUCACAGAGGGCCAGCAGGAUAUAUAGAAUCCAGGAUUCUGGAUUUAGGAUCCAGCAGUUUCGAGCUGCCAAAAACAAAUACGGCAAACUGACUGAACAAACAGAAAAACAAGUAAGGGGGGGAAAAUGCCAAAAAAAAAAAAAAAAAUGUAGAAGAAAAAGGGGCAAAAUUUGGAAGAAAAGUGGAAGGAAAAAUUGAAAAGAGAAGGAACUUAUUGCUCGGCAAAGCGUGAAAUGUUUACGAGCGAGUGACGAUGGCGACUCAAGGGCUGGAGGAGGAUUUUCUGCUGGGGGUGUGGUGGGCAAAAACCAAACGGGAGGAGCCUCGUAAAGAGAUUUGUGUGUGCCUAGUGCAAAUCGCUCCCUCUUCGUAUUUUCCUCAACUUCUCGCACAAUUGUAAAGAAAAUGUUAUUAAGGAUUUUCUAUUAUAUAACAAAAAGGCGCACUAAAAACACACCCCUCACACACACACACACACACACAUACAGAACGAAGGUGUGUCUGUGCGAGGCGCAUUAAGCACUUGACAUAUACACGCUUUGAAAAUGCAUCCAUCCGCCAUCUUUUUCUGCCCGCAUCUUCGUUACGAAGGCUUAUACAAAUACCCUAUCCCAGCCGUAGGGCACAAAUACUUUUCGGUGAAAAUAAGUUUUGUGUUAUGUUAGCGGUAAAGUACUUUGUGAUUGCGUAUUUUUAAGGUCACGUAAAUAGCUAAUACGUCACGUAGGCCAGAUUACACUUUCAGCCAUUAUUAACAUUGCCCACAUUGCGUAUACGUGACAGCUUGGUUUUAAUUGAUCAUUUUCAUAUCUUAAAAUAUUACAGAGCAGAGGGCCACUUAUUUCUCUUAAUAAUGGAUACUGUUAAUUUGGAACGAUACUUAAAAUGCAAUGAAAAUCGAUAAAUAUUUUCGAUAAGUAGGAGUAACUCGUUAAAAUCGAUAGUUUAAGCAAAAUAAGUUAGGGUACAAGCAAAUCGCCUUUCGACUGCAUUGGGCUGCUCAUUUCGGGCGCAGGCAUUAGACGGCUUUUCAUCUACUUAGUUUUCAAAGUCCCACUUUCCUUUGCUUUCCCCAUGUCCCUUUCUCCUGGCAAGUGUGUGUGUGCGAGUGCGUCAGUCAGUCAGAAUGUUGACAAGUCGAUGACGGUUCCAACGAGUGUACUAUAUUUGUAUUUGUGCUUGUCCGCUUUUCCUCAGUCUCUGUCUCCGUGUGGGCGGGUGCUCAAGGUUCAGCGACGAACAUUAGUCAAGUCAACCCAAAAUGAGCGACCGAAAGUGGCGCAGUCAAGCAAAAGGGCUCUCGUCGUUGCAGCAAUGACUGAAUGAAUGAAUGAGCGGCUGACUGAGCGAGUGAAUGCGAGUCCGAAUGAAUGACGAAAUGCGCGACUGGCUGACUGAUGCUGGUAUCCUUGAAGGAAUCUACCAAAAGGACUCUGCACAGCACAAGCAGCUGGAAUGCAUAUUUCUUCGUCCUGAACUCAAGCUUCCACUUCCUUUCCCGACUUAUUUUCAUUUUACCUCGCGAUUCCUAUUUCGCCUGCAUCCAUCCGCCUUUUGUCACACUCUUGUGAAAAGUGGGCACACUGGAAAUAUUUUGUGAGAAGCAUGAAACAUCCUUACGCUGUGAUUUAAUCAUGUCAUUGGUUUAAUAUUUCGUUACUUCACUACUUGAAUGUAAAGUUUCACUACUUCGGAUGAAUGACGACGACUGGCGGGGGAUGUCGCGUGGCUCAGGUUAUAAACAUAGUUUCCCUUCCCUUUUGUAUUAUUAUUAUUAUUAUAUUGCCUGCUACGGUUUUCACGUUUCCUACACUCCCUAAUAUUAUUUUUAUUAUAUACAGCUAUGCUGUACUUUGAGUUUAACAAUGUCAGCCAUUUUGUUCCUUUGUGACGACGUCCUCGUGCAGGCAGAGGGCCAGGCGAAAUGCAGUGAACACAAAUACCGUGACUGACACGCUUGGGUGGAAAAUGGAAAGUGGGUGGUGCCGCCAAGCCAGGAUUCCAUGGCGGGUGGGGGGUUAGAAAAGUCGGUGGCAGGCGUCGGGCGCAAUCUGCUGCAAUCUUCUCGAGCAAUUCGUCGCUCGCUCCGCGAGUCGAUUCAUCUUGCCGGGGUAAAAGUACAUGCCUUCGUUACGCAUUCUUUAAUUGAAUAUUUAUCUUGGCUGCUGAAGGAGCCCAAGUGCACAGCGAGAAAUAUCAGUGCAAAGCUUCAUACCACCAUAUUAGUUAAUCUAGUUAGUUAAUUAGUUAUUACAAACUACGAAAUGCAUGCCAAUGUUAAAUCUUACAUUGAUUUAAAUGACUUAAAUAUUUCGCAUUUUUAUUUUUUUUGGUGCAGUUCACAAGCCGUGCAAAACGAAACCAUUUCAUUUCACCAUCCAUUUUUCGGUGGAUAGACAACCUGAUUCGACGUUGUCGCGUCCUUGUAAUUGCAACUAGAGCGAGUGCGCCUUGUCAGCCUUGUUUUUCGCCAUCGGUUAUGGUUAUGCAUUGUGAGCUGGAUGCCAGGAUGCUGGGACAGUGAGGAGCCAGCCAGCCAGCCCCCUUUUUACCCAAAACACCCAGUGAGCUCGCCACUGAUCCGCCCAUUUGUAAACCAUAUCCGCAUCCUAGCUGCAUAUGCAAUGCAUCUAAAUUGCUUUCGAGUUCUGUUUGUUGUUUUUGCGGCCAGAAUCGCAUCUGCUUUGGCUUUGAGAUUUACGGCUUUGUUGGUCCGCCUUCCCUGUGCCGAUGCAUCUUCUUUGGUCGCCCAGCCAACAGUCUUUCAGCAUCUUCCAUUCAAUUUCUUUUCAAAAUAAGUUGAGAUGAUACUGCUCGAGAUUCUCAAUUCGCCGGACUCGAUUCUCCCAUUGGGUGCUGUGUGCACUCUUGCUUUGACAUUUUAAAUGUUAUUUAAUGGUGGCCGGAACUUGUUUGCUGCACUGCACCCAGGAAGCGGAACCUUGAAAUCCCGACCAUAAAUUCAUUAUUAUUAUUAUUUUCCCUUCCAUUUGAAGAAGGUGAAGCCGAGUCGAAGCGCUUUACACUUGAUUUAUAUGGGCACUUUGUGCGCAAUUUAUGACCAGGCCAGAGAUCUUGACUUUGGCGACGAGUUUCCCAGUUUGUUGGUCAUUUGCUUGGUCACUUGCUCCUACUUUUCGACGGAUGCAAUGUGCAGAUAGGGCUUACAUGCGGAAAUCUCUGGCCAUUUAACAACGUAUCUAAGAUUGUGUUUAUAUUUAUGAUU